AUGGAGGGAUCGGCGACAGAGGGAAAUCACGGAGGCGAUCCCCGCGCCGAGCAUGCCGCAACCAAGGAGUCCGAGGCGGCGGCAACGCAACACCAUCUGACGCUGCUCCAGCCGACCGUGGUCGAAGUUUCUGCAGCCGUGCUGGAUAAGGACAAGGUGGGGGAGCACGAGUCGGUGGGGCUGGUCGGUGGCUCUCCACCUUCUGGUGGACGGGGGAGGCGUAGGCAGAGGAAGAGCGAUGGGGAGGACGAUUAUGACACCGCCGUGCCCGGGGACCUCAUUACGCGGGCGAAGAGGCGGCAGACGACAGGUAGUGCUGACGACGCCGGAGGCGCGGCAGUUGGGACACCGCGAGGCGCCAAGGAAGCUAGUGGCAAGGCGGGCAGUCAAGCAUUGCGCCAGAAGGGCCGAUCCGCAGCAAGAAAAGCAUCCGGCGGAACGAGAGGCAAGAAAGCAGCGACGGGAACAAAGCCGAAACGGGGCGAUGAAGACCCCGGUGAUGCGGAGGAGGAGGAGGAUGAGGAGGAGGAUGCGGAGGGAGAGGAGGAUGAAGAGGAAGCGGAGGAGGAUGACGCGGAUGUUGGGGAGGAUGAAAAAGAUGAGAAUGAUGGCGGGGAGGACGAAGAGGAGGAGGAGGAGGAGGAGGAGGAGGAGGAUGAGGAGGAGGAGGAGGAGGAGGAGGAGGCAGAGGAGGAGGAGGAGGAGGAGGAGGAGGAGGAGGAGGAGGAGGCAGAGGAGGAGGAGGAGGAGGAGGAGGAGGAGGAGGAGGAGGAGGAGGAGCAGGGUGACGACGAGGAGGAGGAUGUGGAGGAGGAGGAUGAGGAGGAGGCAGCGGAGGAGGAGGAGGAGGAGGAGGAGGAGGAGGAGGAGGAGGAGGAGGAGGAGGAUGUGGCGCCAGCAUUGGGCCGCCCGUAA